UCUGCAAAGUCAUGGAGCCUCGCCCCAUGUUCAGUUAACACAGAUGACAAGCAAAACAACAAACAAAACCUGUCCUGACCCCGAAUCCGAUCAGGAGUGUACACAUACGAACAGGUACUGCAUGCAGAUUCGCAUAAUGUGCCAACUCAUGUUAAUAUUGUGUGAGCGCAUUCUCGUGGGGUAGCUUGAACCUGUCACAACAACGCACAUCAGAACGACAGAAGCUCUCCAUUUACAAAGCGAGGACAGCGGUGUGUGUCAGCAGAAAAGCUUGAGUCUCGGAGUCAGUGUAGCCAUGCCGUGUUUUCUUCUGUUCACGAAUCUGCAAGCAAGUGCCAUCCCAAAGGGUUUUUUGAUGGAAACCUCAACAGUCAUUGCCAAAGCCAUUCGGAAACCGGAAAUUUAUGUGACGGUGAGGAUUCAUCCAGAUCAGAUGAUGAGCCACGGGGGCACGACUGAUCCAUGUGCCAACUCCGAGCUGCAGAGUAUUGGAAACAUGGGGAAUGAGGAAAACAUUCAGAUGUCCAAAGAAAUUUCAGAAUUCCUGCAACAAAAGCUUGGUAUUGACCCAAAAAGAAACUACAUCAAAUUCACCAACAUGAAACCACUUGAGGUUGGGUUUGAUGGGACCACGUUUGAAGUCUUGUGGAAAUAAAUGAAUUGGCUGGGCAACAUAUUCAAAUUCAAAACCUUCCAAUACACUAAUGAUGGUGCAUAGUAUCAGUGGUGAAGACUUGUCACUUAUAUUAUCAUGUUUAAUAUGUCGUUGCUACAGCUACAAAAACAGAUAAAGUUUUUAUUGAAAACUAUGAUCCUGAAUUUUUUAAAGAAUUCUUUUGAGGCAACAAUUUGGUAUUUCUUUCUAAUCACGUUGAACUGAUUUUUGACACAGGACAGUGGUGACAGAUAAUGAAAGCUGGCAAGUUUGAUUUUAAAUUUCAUUUUUUUAAAGAAAAGAUAUCUAAUUUCCCAAAAGAGAGUAUUAUGCAUAUUGUGAAAAGGUAUUAAACAUGUAUAACUGGAA